AUGGGUUCCAAUGCCGGAUUCUCUGUCAUUCUCUUUUCCUUUCUUUUCAUGACCUUAGCUUCUGCUGCUCCAUUUAUUUCGGAGAAUAUAUUUGAGCCCAGGGCAUCUACAGCUCGUUCCCUUCUUCAGGCUACGAAAGCUUGUAGCGUGGACUUCGAGAACCAGAACUACACAAUCCUUACAAGUCAAUGCAAGGGGCCUAUGUAUCCAUCCACUGUUUGCUGCAGGGCUUUCAAGCAAUUUGCAUGCCCUUUCGCAGAUCAGAUAGUCGACAUGACGACUGAUUGUGCUACAGUGAUGUUCAGUUACAUAAACGUCUAUGGAAAAUACCCUCCUGGCCUCUUUUCUAACGAGUGCAAAGAAGGAAAUCACGGUCUUGAUUGUGAUUCAGUUGAUGCAGCCAGUCCUGCACCUUCUAGCGAUGGCGGUAACUUAGUUGGUCCUAAGCACUCUCUGCUGCUUAUGGUUGCUUCUUGUUUCAUUGCCUUGUUCUCCCUCUUCCAUUUGGUCUGAAUAUGAGUGUCUAAAAUGCGAAAAAUGGACCCCGGACUAAUAC